UGAUCUGGAUACACAAAUUGCAGAUCAAAGUUUGAAAUACUGAAGAAAUUACAUAGGUCGAUCGACCAACAAUAACAAUGUCGUACUUGCUACCGCACCUGCAUUCAGGGUGGGCCGUCGACCAGGCCAUUCUUGCCGAGGAAGAGCGCGUUGUCAUCAUCCGAUUCGGCCAUGACUGGGACGACACUUGCAUGCAGAUGGAUGAGGUGCUGGCUUCAGUUGCUGAGACAUUAAAAAACUUUGCUGUGAUUUACCUUGUGGACAUCACGGAGGUUCCUGAUUUCAACACAAUGUAUGAGCUGUACGAUCCAUCGACAGUGAUGUUCUUUUUCAGAAACAAGCACAUUAUGAUUGAUCUUGGCACGGGGAACAACAACAAGAUCAACUGGGCUCUCAAGGACAAGCAAGAGUUCAUUGACAUUGUUGAGACAGUGUACCGCGGGGCAAGGAAGGGACGCGGUCUGGUCAUUGCUCCCAAGGACUACUCCACCAAGUAUCGCUACUAAGCCCUGCAGACAUGUUUUUCAUUUCGGGGAAUAUCUUGUAAUUUGAAAUUGGUUGGAGUUGCAUUGAACCUUUGAAAUGUGUAACCCGGCUAUCGGACAUCGUAUUUUCUUUACGUUGUGGCAUUAAUGAAAGUGCUUUAUGGACUGGGGAAGAAGAUGAUGGGUCUAAUAAGUUAUUUUUUAAGAUGAGAGGUUGUAGGCAACGCGUUACAUAGAUCAUCAAAUAGCAAAUGUAUUUGCGUCAA